CUCCCCUCACUUAUCAUUGGCCACCUCGUCUAGAUAGAGGAGUUUCACCUUCAGCCUGGAGAUCACUCGUCCAUGCACAGCACUAUAUAAACCCUGCUAAUUCCCCAUCCUUUCUUCCUCCUAGAUAGUCCCUCCAAACAACCCAAUUCAACCACAAUGUCAUCGCCAUCACAAUCAACCUUCACCCCCCUCCUCCCAUCCCAACCGCUCCCCCCAAAUGGCCCCAUCCGCUUCCCCUUCCAUCCCCCGAACUUCUCCGUCAUGCUGCGCGACAACAUGACCCUCAGCAGCUGGCUCCUGAGUGGCGCGCUCCUCCAGGGCGUCGCCUGGAGUCUCCUCGGCCCGAAAUCCCUCAUCCCGCCCACCGUCAUCCUCCUCUACCGCCUCAUCGACCACCUCCUAAUGGCCGCCCACAUCACCCGCAACCGCUACAUGGACCACACCCUGCAGACCAAAUUCUCGGCUCAGUACCCGACGACCCCAUCCACCACCAGCAACAGCAACAGCAACAGCAACAGCAACAGCAACAGCAACAGCAACCCCCAGACCCUCUCAAAAUACUUUCCCGCCACGCCGGCGGCCCAACCGCUCGUCGUCUUCCACCUCGGCGCCCGCGUCAACCACCCACUAGGCAUGUUCGCCCCAGGCUGGAAGGACCUGGGCGCGUACAACCAAAGAAUGCUGACGUCGAUGACAUCCGACGCCGAGAAGUACGGACUGUUGGGGGUGUCGCACUGGACCAAGGAUUCAGCUGCCGCGGGCAAUGAAACGAUGUGGGUGUUUUAUCUGCGGGACUACGACGCGCUGCAUCGGUUCGCGCACGACCCCGUGCACAUGGAUGGGGUGCGGUGGUGGGCGGAUGUCGUCAAGGCGCAUCCGCAUAUUGCCAUCUUUCAUGAGACGUACCUCGUCAAUCAGGGGCAGUGGGAGAAUAUCUAUAUGAAUUCGGAGCCGACGGGGUUGGCGGAUGCGUGGUUUCCGGUUUCGGUUGAGGAACCAAAGGGGGAGGGGGAGAAGGGCAGGAUGUGGGUGAGGGCGCCGGUGGAUGCGCGCGGGGGCGCGCUGCGGUCGGCGUCGCGGCGGUUGCAGCGCGGGUGGUUAGAGGAGGUGGAGAAGGUUGAGGGGGAGUUGUAUGAUCGGAGUUUUGCGGCGUGAGUUCGGGUGAUUCGGAGGGUUUAAGAGUGUGGUGGUGAGAAGGUGGGGAUUGGGGACUGGGUGGAUUGGCUUGCUGAUGGAUACUGUUUUAUGGAUUAGGGCAGGAGUGGGAGAUAAACAUAAGCAGGGUAUGACUCUUACAAUCUGACAUGCAAUUCUAGACGCC